AUGGAUCAACUCGAUUCAAACCUUUCGCACUCAACAAGCGACUUAGCCUCCAACAAGGCAGCAGAUAUCCAAAUGUCAAGCCCGAAGACCUUCACCAUAUCAUUCACAGGUGAUGUCAUGCUCGGCCGCCUGCUAGACCAACUAAUGCCCGAGCAUGUCAUUAACGAGCGUGACGAACGCAUCGCCGGAACCUUCAAAAAAGCCCAUCCAACCCUCCUAGCAAAGGGGAACUAUACCCCUGCCUCGCCAUGGGGAACAGCUCUCCCAUUACUCCAAUCUUCCGAUUUAACCUGCAUCAACCUGGAAACCUCAGUAACAACAUUUCCAACCCCAUGGCCCGGCAAAGCCUUCAACUACCGCAUGCACCCAGCAAACCUAGCACCCAUCCUGCACUCCGCCGCGGUCGACUACGCCAGCCUAGCCAACAACCACACCCUCGACUUCGGCAUCCCCGGCUUAAUUGAAACCGUGCAAACCCUCCAGCAAGCCCAGAUCGCAUUCGCAGGCGCCGGCUCAACAGCCAUCGAAGCACGUCGCCCCGCCAUACUCCAUCUCCCCAGCUCCUCAGACCCAGACAAAGAACCCUACACAGUCCACAUUUACUCCGCCUCCGAUCAUCCACGGGACUGGUCCCGAAUCUCAGGCUUCCAUCUCUUCGACUACACGCGCGAGACUCGCACCCGCCUCCGCGAUAUGCUUGUCAGCUCACCCGCGCCGGCACUGAAGAUUUUCUCCGUGCACUGGGGUCCGAAUUAUGCUUGGCAGCCGGAUCGACGGAUCCGGUCGCUGGCGCAUUUCCUGAUUGACGAGUGCGGGGUUGAUAUUGUGCAUGGGCAUUCGUCGCAUCAUGUUCAGGGAGUAGAGGUUUAUAAGGGGAGACUUAUUAUUUACGGGUGUGGGGACUUCGUGGACGAUUAUGCGCUGAAUGAGGAGUAUCGGAAUGAUCUUGGGGCGCUUUGGAGGGUUGUUGUUAGUGAAAGAGGUGGUGGGCUCGGUGUGGAGAGGUUGGAGAUUGUUCCGACGAGGGUUGAGAGGUUUAGGGCUAAGGUGUUGGAUUCAACGGAUGAGGAUCAUGUUUGGGUUAGGAGGAGGAUUCGGGGGUUGAGUGCCGAGUUGGGGACGACUGUUAGAUUCCAGCAGCUGGGGAGUGAGGGCGAGAUUGUUGUUCAGGUUGCUGGUGGGGAACCUACUGAUUGA